CUCGAGCGUCGGUAUAAAACUGAAGCGCCAGGUUCCGUUCAAGCUCUACGCGAGGCAGGUUGUGGGCGCGUGCCACUUUCGAGCUCUUCCAAUAAAGUACCGAUCUAGGAGUAAAGAUGUACAGAACUACAAGGUCCCCAAUGAUGCAGCCGCUGGUCAACUCAGGAAUGGGCAUGGCUCCUUUCUUCAAGGUGACCGUGUUCGAGCAGGAGCAUUUCCAGGGCAAGUGCCAGGAGUUCACCUCCGAGUGCUGCAACAUUCAGGAUUGUGGACUGGACAACAUCCGCUCCAUCCGGGUGGAGAGCGGAGCCUGGGUGGGCUUCGAGCACCACGACUUCCAGGGCCAGCAAUUCAUCCUGGAGAGAGGCGAGUACCCCCACUGGGACGCGUACAGCGGCUCCCUCUCCUACCACGUGGAGCGCCUCAUGUCCCUGCGCCCCAUCUACUGCGCCUCCCACCAGAGCAGUCGCAUGGUGAUCUUCGAGAAGGAGAACUUCAUGGGCCGCAGCGCGGAGAUCAGUGAUGACUACCCCUCCCUGCAGGCCAUGGGCUGGAUGAUGCCCGAGGUUGGAUCCAUGCACGUGCAGUGCGGCGCCUUCGUGUGCUACCAGCACCCUGGCUACAGGGGCCAGCAGUACAUCAUGGAGUGCGAGAGACACAGCGGAGACUACCAGCACUGGAGGAACUGGGGGUCCCACUGUCAGACCCCCCAGAUCCAGUCCAUCAGGCGCAUCCAGCACUGAGGGGGCGACAGGCCCGAGGCAGCGGCUCCCCUCGCUUCACCCGUAAAAGUGCGAUAAGAGACAAUAUCGCGCAGCUGAAGCACAGGGAAACCCACGCGCCGACGGAACAGACACUCACACACUAGUGUCUUUUUAUUUGGUUUAGAGGUUUCCACACACACCGCACACACACUUGCGCUGUACUUGUCCCCCAAAGGCGGAGCGGUUCGUCAGUGAGCCGGAAUCGAACCCUGGAGGGGAGACUAGGCUCCGGGAGAAACCCCUCGAGUGUCCUCAGUGCAGCUCAGAUGUGUCAUGAUGU